GAAAUUUAUCAAAAAAAAAAUCUUAUUAAUUCAAUUAAUUAAAACACCUCCUUAAUCCCCAAACGCACAAUACAAUGACACGAACACAGAAUUCAAGUAAUGAAAGAUUUCGAAGUAUGGAAGAACUACCAACCGGUGGCAGCCAGCCAUCCUUAUGUGUAGCGUAUUUAUUACUUAGCGGAACUUCUGGGUGGGCAUUAAAGCAAACUUCCGCCACAUCCUGCACAUACGCUCUGGGAACAUUUUCAUUUCUUCUGGGCCAUAGUUUGCUUGGAUUUCUGCACACAACUCACCCAGAUCCUGGCAAAAUUAUCAAGAAAAUAUUUAGACAAACUUCACUGCUAGCCGAGAUAGCUCCUUUAGCUCUACUUAAUGCUGAAUUCUAUCUCUUGACUGGAUUUGCCAAAGAAUAUGCAUACGCACACUUAGCUACGGCUCUAUUGCCAAUAGCAGCACAAUUUUUAAUGGAAGAACGUACUCAAUCUGUGGUGGAUGUUGCAAUAUUUGGGAAUCUCGGAUCAAUGAUCUAUUUGCAAGUUAUGAAGGAAACCGGUGUUUGGACUGGAGGAUUGAUAGCUUUGACGGCUUUGAAUCAUUUUGUAUUUAAAAAACUAUCGAGUCGUUAUGAAAUACCAAAAGUCGAGAUGGUAACAAUUGGUUUAAGCUUUUUUACUGUGUUUGCAGUAAAUUGCUUAAAGGAUUUGAAGGCUUAAUUUGCUCAAAUGAAAAAAAAAAAGAAAUUUACUGAUUUUAUUUUUGAAAGAUAGAAUGGUUUUGUCAAAAAAAAAACUAUACAAAUUUAAAUAAAUGUCUAUUUUGA